AUGAGCUUUCUUCUGUUACUCCUGCCGAGGAAUAUGUUGAUUGACGGCGAGGCAAGCUAUUUAGCACAACUGGUGGAGCUGGAAGCCAUCUGGGACACACUUCCAGCCUCGAAUGGCGCGCCGUUUCCAUUAUCAUUUUCAGAGGAAGAACGAAAGAUGAUAGAGGCAGAUAGCAAAGGCGCUAGCGAAGGCAUGGCAGCUAUACGAAGCGUUCAGGCGGCUAUCGGCGAUUUGUUUCCUGAACAGGGGCUCGUGAAGAGUGAGACUUACUAUGAAUCAUUGGAUGCUUUAGAGUAG